AAACAGAUUUCCCAGAUUUUCGCGAGGCUCGGCUCGGUGCCUGUCACAGAAAAACAUUCGCGCUCCGCUUUUACCAGUCCAGAAGGCUUUGAAAAUUUUAGUCAUUCCAAAGACAACAAAAGACUAUUGUGUCAUUUCACACAAACCCUAAUCAAUUAGAAAAUUGGCUCAAAAGGAAGGGCUUUGGUGAAUGAAAAUGUUCGUAAACGAAGCGGUACAGACGAGUAAGGAUAUGGAAAAGAAGUACUUAGAAGAGCGUAUUGUUAAAGAAGGUAUGGAAUUACUUAAAAGACAGAAGGAGGAGGCUAAUCGCAGAAAAGUUAAAGAACAGCAAGAGAUGAAAGAAAUGUUAGAACGCUAUUGGCCAUUUGGUAGGAGUGACGAUGCAAAACCUAGAGGUCUAAGAAACUUAAGAUUAGAAGAACUGUUUCCAAACAAGGACUACCAAAACGCCAAGAGAUUCGUUGGUACUUUAGACUUAGGUCGUCCUGGUUGUGGAGCACCCAUAGAAAAAGAUGGUCAAAAAAUGGCGAAAACCAAAGAAGAUCCAUUGUUGAGGUUUCAGUUCGGAAACGACUUACGUAGAGCGGUAGAUAACACGUUCAGAUACAAAACAAACAGAGAACAACAACUGGAAUACAAAAAAGCACUUGAUAAAUUAGUUGAGGAAAAGAAGCAGAAUCAGCUGCGAAAGAAACUUCUAGAACAGGAGUACGAAAAGCGCCAGGGAUGGUCAAACGAUGCCACUUUGAGGAAACUUGAAAACGAAGCCCUUAAAAAACCUUACGAGGAUCAAAAAAACUACGAAAACUUCAAGAAAUCCAAAGUUAUUCCACCAAACCGUGUGGUAAAACUUGACCCUAUUAUCUACCCGUCCAACACUAAAAAGAAUUCGGUAGUUCCCCCAAAUAACAGAAAACUCUCGCCACUUUCGGACAACAAGGAAAAUGGCGUGGAGUUGGUACAACUGUUGGCCAAAGACAGAAAGUUACCACCCAGGGUACCACUGUGUAGUACUGAUGUCACUAAAGAACGAGACCUCAGCAAAUCAUACCUCUGGAACAGAGAUGGAUCCGCAUAUUUGAAAGAACUGUCACAACAAAUGAUGUCAAAGAGGGAAAGAUCUCAGGAACUAAAAGCAAUGGAAGACGAGACUGCUAGACGUCACUUUUCUACUUGGACUUCUUUGUGGGGAAGACCAGGACAUGGUGCUCCUCGAUCAGCUACCAAAAAGGCAGCAAUUGACAGACUGCUCUAUCCACAAAUGGUGCCCAUCGGCGUUGCCUAAGAGACUCCACGAGACACAACGAAACUAAAGCCAAAAUUUCAAGAAUAGUUAUAGUUCUGAAUAGUGCUUUAGAGAGCAUAAUUCAAUUGUCCACAUUUUUAAUUAUAUUAUUAAUAGUAAUAGUAUAGAUUAGAAAAUAUAUACUGAAUGACUGGUUAUUAGGAUAGAAAAUUUAAAGAUUUUUUUUUUAUUUCCUGUUACAAAACUGAACUAUAUUAUAAAUAAUUUAGAAACA